AUGUCCGACAACAUCAUCGUCAAGUCCGUCGCAGGAACCUGCAUCUCCUUCUCCUUUAUCCUCGCAGGAAACGCAAUAACGCAAUCCUUCAUGACUGUCCCCGCGCUGCUCGUCGACUUCCCGCCCCCAGGAUCCUCGGACCACACCGCACGCGCGCGCCUCCUGGGCCGCCAAUGGCCGCUCUGCUGGACGGUGGGCAACCGCUUCUUCCGGCCCAUCAGCACGCUCGGCUUCCUGGGCUACGUGUACGCGGGCUACGCCGUGUACAGCGAGGGCGGGCUCGCGCGCAGCGACUGGACCAUGUUUGCGGUGGCGGCGGCUAUGCAUUUGACGACUAUUGUGCACUCUGCGGUCAAUAUGCAGCCGCUGAAUGAUCGGCUAGAGGCGCUGGCGACGCGCACGGAAGAGAAGGAGUUGGGGGAGGCGGAGGGCGUGGCGAGGCAGUGGGCGAGUUGGAAUAGGUUGAGGGUUGUUACACCGGUUAUGGCCGGGGGUUUGGCGCUUUGGCAGCUGUGUAGGUUGUAG